AUGGGUCGUGUCCGUCUGUCCUGGGCGCCCAUCGCGAGCCCGCUGCAGGUGUGGUACAUGGACGGCUACUACAAGGGCCGCCGCGUCUUGGAGUUUCGGACCUUGAACGACUUCGUGACGGGACAGAACUUCGUGCAGCACCUCCUGCCGCAUCCCUGGGCCGGCACCGGCCACGUGGUCUUCAACGGGUCCCUCUACUACAACAAAUACCAGAGCAACAUCGCGGUGAAGUACCACUUCCGCUCCCGCAGCGUGCUGGUGCAGCGCAGCCUCGCCGGCGCCGGCUACAACAACACCUUCCCUUAUUCUUGGGGCGGUUUCUCCGACAUCGACUUCAUGGUGGACGAGAGCGGGCUCUGGGCCGUCUACACCACCAACCAAAACGCCGGCAACAUCGUGGUGAGCCGGGUGGACCCCCAGACGCUGGAGGUCCUGCGGAGCUGGGACACGGGUUACCCCAAGCGAAGCGCCGGGGAGUCCUUCAUGAUCUGCGGCACGCUCUACGUCACCAACUCCCACCUCGCCGGCGCCAAGAUCUAUUUUGCCUACUACACAAACACUUCCAGCUACGAAUACACGGAUAUUCCCUUCCACAACCAGUACUCCCACAUAUCCAUGCUGGACUACAACCCGCGGGAGAGGGUGCUCUACACCUGGAACAACGGCCACCAGGUCAUCUACAACGUCACGCUCUUUCACGUCAUAAAGACGUCGGGCGAGCUGUGA